AUGGCGCUGAAUCUCGUCGAGGCCAGCAUAAUUGAUCUCAAAAAUGCCUUGGACUCUGGCACAAUCACCAGCGUCGAGCUCUGCACUCGCUACCUCCUCCGCAUCUCCGCAUACGACUGCCGAGAAACUCAGCUCAACUCCAUCCCCAUUCUCAACCCCUCUGUCCUCCAGGAUGCAGCCGAAUCAGACGCCCAGCGAGCCGCAGACAAGGCGGCUGGGCGGCCGAUCAGACCGCUUGAAGGCAUUCCUUAUACCGUUAAGGAUAGCUACCAGGUAAAGGGGAUGACGGCAGCUGCCGGCUCCCCAGCCUUGACCGGAUUCGUCGCCAAUGAAGACGCCUUCACUGUCCAAAAGUUGCGCGAAGCCGGUGCCAUCCUCAUCGGCAAGACCAACAUGCCUCCAAUGGCAUAUGGCGGAAUGCAACGGGGAGCCUAUGGACGUGCCGAAUCGCCGUACAAUGGCACCUACCUCACCGCCGCCUUUGCUUCAGGCUCAUCCAACGGUUCCGCGACGUCCACGGCAGCAUCGUUUGCGGCCUUCGGCCUGGGCGCGGAGACAGUGUCCUCAGGGCGGUCGCCGGCGUCGAAUAAUGGGCUAGUUGCUUAUACGCCCUCACGCGGGAUGCUCUCCAUUAGGGGUAACUGGCCACUGUAUCCGACAUGUGACGUUGUCGUCCCGCACACGCGGACGGUCAGCGACCUGCUCGCUCUGCUGGAUGUCCUCGCUGUGCCCGACCCCAGGGCUGCCUGCGAUUUGUGGCGCGAGCAAUCUUUCAUUCCCAUUCCCAGCCCAACCGCUAUUCACCCCUCCAGCGGCUCUUUCCUCGACAUCGCGAAUCCCUCCGUCGUCUCCAGCCUCCGUGGCAAACGCAUAGCCAUACCACGCAUGUACAUCGGCCACAACGACGAAGGCUGCCACAACCCCGUCGCCCUCCGCCCCUCCAUCGCCGCGCUUUUCGACAAUGCCAGGCGCGCCCUCACCUCUGCGGGCGCCGAGCUGAUCGAAACGCCCGACUUCCCCCUCAUCACCAACUACGAGAAGCUAGCCCACCUCCCGCCCUCCGCCGGCGGCACCGUCGCCAACGUCCCCGGGCUCCCAGCCGGCUGGAUGGCGGCGGAGCGCGGCCCACUGCUCGCGCUGGCAUGGGACGCCUUCCUCGCCGAAAACCACUCCUCCUCCUCCUCAUCAUCAUCACCAGCCGCGCCGCCCCUCAAAGACUUCGCCACCGACGUCAACGUCGCCACCCUCUUCCCCAUGGAAAAAGACGGCCCGCAAACCCGCUACGCCAACCCCCUCAACGCCGUCCCCUGGACCUCGCUCCCCACCCAACUCCGCUCCCAGCGCUCCAACGGCGUGACCGCGCCGCUCGCCUACCCGGGCCUGCCCGACGCGCUGCGCGCGCUGGAGGCGGCGCGCCAGCGCGACCUCGAAGCGUGGAUGGACACGCGCGGCUUCGACGCCGUGUGUUUCCCCGCGAACGGCGACGUCGGCCGCGCGGACGCGGACCGCGUCGACGAGAGCGCGCGCGCUGCCUGGCGCAACGGCGUCUACUACAGCAACGGCAACAGGGUCCUGCGCCACCUCGGCGUGCCGACCGUCAGCGUGUGCAUGGGCGUCAUGGACGAUACCGGUAUGCCGUGCAAUGUGACGUUUGCCGGCAAGGCGUACGCGGAUCGCGAGCUGCUGGAGGUGGCGGCUGCGUUUGAGAGGGUGGGAGGGGGAAGGGCGCCGCCGGGGAGGACGCCGGCGUUGGGGAGCGAUGUGGUGGUGCUGGAGCCGAGGGGGGAGCUGGGAGGGAACAAGGUGAGGGCGAGUGAGGGGGAGUUGAAGGCGGAGAAGAAAGACUUGAAGGAGGACGGUUCAUUUGUCUUGAACAUCAGUGGCAAGGUGGAAGGCGAGGGCGAGGGGCUGCCACCGUUGCGAGUGUUCGUUGAUGGCGAGGAUGUCUCGGAAAGAUUCAAGAUGGAAAGUGAUGGUGCAUGGCAGUGCACUGUUGAAAGGCCAGCGCCGCCGACACUUUGGCACCCAGAGUAUUUGAAGGAAGCUGGUGUCGAAAAGGUCCUUCUCGAGAAGACACUUGUUCUCGCAGUGGCCGGCGGACGAGGUUCAGAGGAUGGGCAGGUUCUCGUGGUGGAGUGA